AUGAGUGACGCUACAAUUAAAGUCGCCCCUGAUGAUGCACCGUUCCCUCUAACGGACGUAGAUAAAUGGGUUCUGUCGUUGACCGAUGAAGAAUAUCAUUAUCAUGGCUGGGAAGAAGUGAAGCAGAUCAUAGGCGAGAAUAAUCUUUCCGUUCUGAAACGAAAACCUUCCGACUUGCGACGAUAUAUGAAGUGGACUGCCGAGACCAAGGCAGAAUAUGGAUCAAUAACGAACUAUCUCAUAAAACACCGGCUACCACAAACUUGGGGCUGGCCCCCUUUCAUACCAGCAUCAACCAUUCCCUUUAAUGAUCCAUCUGAUUAUAGAGUCCUAAUCAAUGACUGGCCUUAUGGGCUGGCCCCGAAUAUGACCCACAUAGUCGUCUGGUCAAGAACACCAAUUGAGACAGAUCCCGAGACCGGAGACAUGACCCCAGAAAGCCGCCGCAACGUCGCGAAUUUUGUGAAGGAGUUCUUUGUCAAUAAGUUAGGCCAGGACGGAGAUGAUAGAGUCUUGUGGUUUAAGAAUUGGGUUGCAUUGCAAAGUGUGAGAGCGCUAGAGCAUAUUCAUGUCAUUGUCAACGAUGUCGAGAAGACUCUCUUAGACGACUGGACUAGGGAGCUCGAAUGUCACAGGUUGCCGAACUAG